AGGACAAGGCAAUAAUGUUGGAGAGACUGAAAAAGGAUUCAAAUUAACAAGAUCAAUGUCUAACCCUGCAACAACCGUCCAUUUCCAUGAGGAAGGAGAAAUAGACCCACGUGAUCAACGAACAGGGGAACCUGAGCCGCCAUCGCCCCUCGCAUUGACUUCCCGGGCACUGUUCAUGUUAGGAGAUAUUGCAGCUAACCAUGCUUAUCGGUUCACCCGAUGGUUAGAAACAGUUCGUAAACGCACUGGAAAACAUCCCAUGGGAUUUCCCCAAACAUCCCAUGAUACUAUGCCAUUAAGUGUGGUAGACAUAAAUAAUGAUAUAAGAGAUUGUCCGCCUUCUAAGCAAGCUACGGAAAUCAGCUUGUGGGAUAGACUUGGUAAAGCUUCUAUGUUGGUGGUUGAGCCAAAUUCGUUUCCAUGGAACAGUCUAUCAUCCCUUCACCAUAUUGCACAUUGUACCAGCAGCGAUCAGUCAGAAGAUGAAAUGAUUAAAGCGUUAGAGGUGACUGUAAAUUCUGGUGGAGUUGUCUUUUUUGCUCUAUUCAAUCAACCUGCAAAUGACAAUGGUUCCCCAAAAGAAGCAGCUGCUGUUAUAAAAUUCUCAUCUUCAAGGAUGUCCACACAAUCAGAACGUUUGGGUUAUGAAUUUGCAAAGUGGUUGGGUAUCCGAACUCCACAAGCCAGAGUCAUUCACAAUUCUAGUUCGGAGUGGCAGCAUAUAAAAGAAGCUGCAGAGAAAACAAAAAGUCAAGCACUCCUAGAAGGAGAUGAAGUUGGUGAGCUGACAUGCUCAGAACUUCUUGAAGCUUUAGAGCUGAGCCGAUGUCUUCUGCUGAUGAAUUAUGUACAUGGAUCCAUUCUUAUGGAUAGUUCAAAUGCAUUCAAUUCACGGGAAGCAGCGCAGAAUACAGCUGCAGCACUGGGAAGAAUUUUAGUGUUAGACUUGGUCAUCAGGAAUGAAGAUAGAUUUCCUUGUCGUCAGUUAGGGUGGCGUGGGAACUCGGCAAAUUUAUUGUUAACUGACAAAAUGUUAUCAACAGAUUUUGACAUGUUAGAGGAAUCCUUUGAUUCAGCUAUUAAACGUUACAGGCCAAAGGUGAUUCGAGCUCUACAUAAGGAGAGAAGAGCUACUUCGGUAGAAAGAAAAUUAAGCUUCCCUGACACAGAUUCAGUCUCAAAUAUAUCGGACCUCUCUGAUAUUAAUGAAUCACCAAGAUCCUGCAGAAGUGUAAGAAGUCAAAAUUCCAUUGAAUCAACCUUUAUUGGGUUUCAUGUUGUGGCUAUAGACUCGGGCGUUCCCAGAAGGCCACCUGCUAGUAAACGGGCAAGUGACCAAACAAAUUAUCCGAAGCUGGUGGAACUUCUGAUCAAUUGUCCUGAUUAUUCUUCGGGAAUGUUACAUGAGAUAACAGGAGGACGAUUAGGAUCUCCGCUGAAUGAUGAUGUAAUUAGUGACUCUCAGAGGAUGGACAUGGCUUCAGCUGUUCAUGCAUUUCGAAAUGGGUUCCGUGCAGCUUUAAGGGACAUGCAAGGCUUUCAUAUGUUCUUGCUUACACUUCAUCAAAAGCUGGAUAGCUUGUUACGAACAUUUAUGAAUAUCUCAGACAGGGUAUCAUCAAUGGACUUUGACAAAGAGGAUUUGGUGGUUUCUGAAUUGCCAUCAAAUGCAGAUCCAUCUGGCUCUUCUCCACCAACUCCAUGUAUUAUGGAACAAAGUAACAGUGAUAACCCUUAUGAUUUGAAUGAUCACAAACCAGCUGUUAGGUCAUCAUUAUCAGGAUUGAAAGAGAACAUGGACUCUACAUUUACAAGCUCCCGUGAUAGUUGGCAUGUCAAGAGUAGCAAAGCAAGUGGGGAGCCCCUUCAUAGCAUGCGAUUGCCGUCCAAACUUCGUGACAUAUGCAGAUAUGCUAAGGUUGAUUCAGAACUAAAUAAAGAUUUAGAACAGUGGAGUGAACUGCUAAGAAAUGAAGUAAUAAAGUUAUGCCACGAGAACAAUUUCAAUAGUGGUUUCUUUGAGGGUAAUGAUCAUUGCAGCAUUGUUGACGCCUAUGAAUUAAAGGUAAGACUUGAGCACAUUCUUGAGAGGAUACCAUUGAUCUCUGAUGCUGCCAAUACAGAGAAGCCAUCACAAAUUUUAAGUCACCUCUUUAUUGGUGGGGCAUUGGCUGCAAGGUCUGUUUACACUCUGCAGCAUUUGGGGAUUACACAUAUAUUGUGCUUGUGCUCUAAUGAAAUUGGACAGUCGGAUAAUCAAUUUCCUGAAUUAUUCGAAUACAAAAACAUUUCAGUAUCAGACAGUGAAGAUGCAAACAUCAGUAGCAUCUUCGAGGAAGCGCAUGGCUUUAUUGAACACGUGGAACAAACAGGGGGAAAGGUCCUUGUUCAUUGCUUUGAAGGAAAAAGUAGAAGUGCAACUGUUGUAAUUGCUUAUUUGAUGAUAAGAAAUGAUACAACACUUUCAAAGGCAUGGAACAUUCUGAAACAAGUGCAUCGUCGGGCUCAGCCUAAUGACGGGUUUGCAAAGGUUCUUGUUGAGUUAGACAAGAAGUUGCAUGGAAAGGUGUCAAUGGAGUGGCAAAAGAGGAAGCCAACAAUGAAGGUUUGUUCUAUAUGUGGGAAAAAGGCAGGACUAAGCAGCAGCUCUUUAAAGCUCCAUUUGCAAAAGGCUCACAAGAAGCUAUCAUCAGGCAGCGUAGAUAGUGCCAUGACAAUGGAAAUAGAAAAGGCUAUAACUGCACUCAAGAUGAACACCGUCAGCCCCAAAAACCGCGAAUCUAAUUCCAUUAUCACCACCCUAUAGGUAUUCCAUUUGUAUCGUUUAUGUGUGCAAAAGGAACCAAUUGGAGAAAUAUAUUGAUUCCUAAGGCAAAAUCAUCCUUAGGUAUCCUUUUCUUUUUCUGUUUUGCUAUAGUGAUGAUCAUCAUGCAAAAAGGCUAGUUUUUUAGGCUCUUUUUUUUCUCCCACUUUUGCUGGAUGUAUAUUCCAUCUAUUGUGGUUGGUGAUGGGCAUCCUUUUUUCUGUAUAUAGUUAGUACAUAUGAAAUAUUGAAAUGGUAUUUGUUUGAUUGGUUUGAAAUUGAAGAUGGAAUGAAGGUUGUCAUGCUAGGAUGGUUUGAUUGCUUUUUAC